AUGAACCAACCGCCCCAGAUUUUUGGCGGCUAUGGCCCGGAUGGUUUGUCCAAUGCUCCUCAAUUGUCCGCCGACCUGGCCGCGCACAUGUUCCACGACACCCAUCUCCUCAUGGAGGACACGAACGAAGCCAAAAGAAGAAGAAUUGCGAGGGCUUGCGACAUGUGUAGGAAGAAGAAGAUCAAGUGCGACGGCAAGCUGCCUGCAUGCACUCAUUGCAUCAACUACAAGACGGACUGUGUCUUCACCCAAGUAGAGAAGAAGCGAAGUCCACCCAAAGGAGCCAAAUAUAUUGAGGGAUUGGAGAAUCGACUUGGCCGCAUGGAACAUUUGUUGCGACUUUCCGGCUUGCUGAGCGAGGAUGACAGCGGCACCGACCUGGGCGCACUGGAGAAGAAAUUGACGGAAAAAUCACGUCAGGCCUCGACCGUUGCAACCAGUCCCACGUCCCCUUCACAAGAGACGUCAGGACAGGAUGGCACUGCCUCGACACCACACAGUGUUCUCGCAUCGCCUGACGCAUCCAAAGACAAAGACAAAGACAAAGACAAAGACAAAGAAGAGAGGCGCAAAUCCACAACACCCGGAGAUCCGAAAGCCAGAGACGACCAAGAAGAAGAAGAAGAAGUUGAGAUUCUCUCGGAGAUGAUGUGCUCUCUUGUCACGAAUCAGUCCGGCGAAACUCGAUACAUCGGCUCGUCUUCGGGCUUUUCCAUCUUCUCACCAAAAGGUAUUCAGUGGGUCAAUGGGCGUACCGGAGAUGAUUCCUUUGCCAAGAUGAUAUCCGAGGUAUCAGUGGAUGAUCACAAAUGGACCAAUUGGAAACCUGAAGUUUUUGGUGACCUGUUCCAGCGACGGGUGUUCAGGCCGCUGCCACCCAAGGACGAAGCAAUGUCUCUUCUGCAAGACUAUUUCGAAAACUUCAACUGCAUGUUCCCGCUGUUUCACCAACCAACUUUUAUGCACUUGGUGGAACGACAGUACUCGUCUGAUCCGUAUGAGGGCUCUGGAUGGUGGGCCAGCCUGAAUUGCGCUCUGGCCAUCGCACAUCGUCUACGGGUCAUGAGCAACCUGGUGCCGCAGGAGGAGGAUGAGAAAGCCUGGGCAUAUCUGAAGAAUUCCAUGGCCGUAUUUCCGGAGCUUACCAUGCGCAAUACCGAUUUACUAAGUGUCCAGGCCUUGCUUGGCAUGGCGCUGUUCAUGCAAGGAACACCGAAUCCCCAGCCAACUUCUCUCUUGAUUGCUGCCGCCGUUAGACUGUCGCACAGCAUAGGGCUCCAUAAACGCGGAACGGGUUUCAAUUUGAACCCCAUCGAAAUUGAACAACGGAAGAGGGUGUUUUGGAUUGCAUACAUGCUGGACAAGGACCUGUGCCUUCGAUCUGGACGGCCUGCAGCACAGGACGAUGACGAUAUGAAUGUGGAGCUACCAGACGCUGACCCUGCCGACAACAUUGGAAACAUCCCUCUGGCCGACGGAAAGGGCAAGAUGAAUCUCUUUCGUGUCGUUUGCGAAUUCACCGUUAUUGAAAGCAAUGUCUACAAGCGUCUGUACUCGACAAAGGCAACAAAACAAUCCGAUGGAGAGCUUUUGAAUACCAUCGGUGAACUGGACCGGGAAUUGGAAGAAUGGAAAGAUGGGAUUCCCGUGGAUUUUCGGCCAGAACAUGAAAUCAAAGCAUCCCACACGCCAUUGAUAUUGCACAUUGUAAUGCUUCAUUUCACAUACUACAAUUGUUUGACAACCAUUCAUCGCAUGUCUAUUCGUCACGGAUAUUGGACAAGCAGAUUGUCAAACUAUGCCAUCCAAGGCUUGAAUUCGAGGCCCCUCAAUCCAAGGGUGUUCUCUUCCGCUCAGCUGUGCACAGCAGCCGCUCGAGCCUCCAUCUCUCUACUGAAAUACGUCCCUCAAGGUGACUUUUCAUGCGUCUGGCUCAUCCUCUAUUUUCCCGUAUCAGCACUCAUGACAUUGUUUAGCAAUAUUCUCCAAAACCCCCUCGACCCUCGUGCCAAGUCCGACACGCGAUUAAUGGACCUCGUCGUUACCUUCUUGUCGAUGUUGGGCCAAGAGGCUGAGCAGGGCGGUGUGCACCGGAUGCUGGGCAUAUGUUCCGAAUUCGUGAGAAUUUCCAAAGUGGUCAUCGACAGGGCGGAAAAGGAGCAGACUUCUAGGCGAAAGCGCAAGAACGUAGACGCUGGAUCGAAACCUAAUACCGCAACAAAUUCUUCCAGCAAGCCACCUGCGGCAGCACAGACUACGUCGAGCGACGCAGCAACCUCAGAGACGCCCAGGCCUGCCGCCGCAACGACCCCAACACCAGCGCCACACAACCCUUCCCCUUCUUCAGCCUCCAGAGAUGUGCUGGCGACUCUCACAUCAAGCAGUCCAGAAGACAGAAGAGGGUCGUUUGAUCCUCCUAUUGUCAUGUCGAUGAAUGGUCGGUCUCCUUCUGGUGCCUCGGCGGGUUGGCCUCAAAGCUUGCAACUUCCUCAAAAUGGCGACUUUGACUCAUACAACAACAUGAAUGCCUUUGGCGCCAUUGACGCAUCUCCACUGCCCAUACCACUGACAGCUCGGCCAUUUUCGCAGCCCCUUCUCCCCCAAGACUUGUUUGGUCUUCCAGCGACGUUGGAUUGGAGCUGGGCGGAAAUGAGCGGCGGUGCUUACCCGUCAGUCGAGAAUGGGAAUUAUGGUAGCGAAUAA